GGGGCCAUGAACGGUUUUAGGAGGAGAGCGGGAAAUGGCGGCUGGGAGGGAAGAGGCGCCUUCGCCCUCGGCCUCUUGCCCUCGGGACCCGCGGGUCCAGUGCCGCUCCCGGGGCUGGGCCUCCCAGCUGCUGGGCGACUACAGGCCUUUCCUGGAAAAGCUUGGGGCUGGUCAGCCCUUGGAGAACCAGGGCUUGGAGCAGGCUCUGGCCGAAGCGCUCUGGAACUUUGAAACAGCUGUACAAGAGAACAUUACUGUUAAUGGACAGCCAUGGCAGGAGUCAUCAGAUGAUCUUCAAAAUGAUGCAGACAUCAAACUCCUAGAAGAUCGGCUUGAUGAUUUAAUAGUACAAGUAGCUUCCAAGCGUAAUCAGUAUCCCAGAGAAGUUCAAGUACAGGUUGUCAAAGCCCUUAAAGCACAGCAAAAAUUGUUGGACUGCUAUCAAACUACUGCGAAUCUUCAAAAAAUAACACCGAAACCUUCUCAAGAUUUGCACAUGGCAGACUUGAGCCUUGCAACAAAAAAUGCAUCCAAACUCAUUGGAGAGUCAUUUAAGUCUUUGUCAUCUCUUUUGGAAAAAGCAGAAGGCUUCUCAAAAGUGUUGUCUCUGCAGCCAACUUUGGAACAGUGUAAACUCCACCAAGAAAUUGUUGCUGGCUCAGAAGAGAAACAGGAGAACAAAAUCGAUGUCAAAAACCUCACAUCACAAGUGGAAGUCAUUCCCACACAGACUGCUAUUAGUAAUUCUAUUCUACUCAAAUUAAAGAGACCGUCAUGUUCCACACAGGAAUGCUAUCCACUUCAACAAAAAAAGAUAAGUCUUGAUACAUGAGGACUUAUUUUGUGUGGGACUGUUGCACAGCCAUCCUGUUCUUUAUUUGAAUUUACCUGCAGCACAUAAAUACAAACUGCAAAAACAUCAAGAGUGGUGUCCUCUGAAAACUGUAUAAUGAAAUAGAUCUCACAUGGUAGUGGAGGAGUUCAUUGCUAGAUAGUGUCAUAUCUCUCAAUGUUACAUUGAAUGCUUAUGCACAUUUUUAAUUACAUUUGAGCAUUGUUCUUUGAAAUGUAAACCUGAAGCAGCUGCACAUUCACUGUACUACAGCAAGGUGGGCAGCGAUGGUCCUGAGUUUCCUUCAAAGACAAAAGCCUCUGAAUGAUUCAUUCUCCACAGAAUAGAUGCACAGUGCAGACAGCUGUGUGUUAGCAUACCCAAGAUUCUGGUUCAUCACCCAGGGAGAUUUCAUGCCAUGGGUGUAUAUUUCUGUGUGUUGAGGAACAGUUUUACACAAAGUAAAAACCCCGGAAAGGUCCAAAUCCAGUUGCAGAUGCCCAGUACCAUAGGUGCAUGUUAAAAGGCUGGAUCUCGGCAAGAGAUUUGUUUUGGUAUAACUUAAAUAAUUUGUUAUAGAUGGAUUUUUCUCUAAACAUCUAAAAAGUUAUUGGAGAAAAGGCUGUAAUUUGACAGGUGACAAAGCCACUUAAUCUUCCUCACACCUGUUGCUUUCUCUCCAGACUUCCCUUCUACAUCUUCUUUUCUCAUAGGUAUGUAUACAUACAUGCAUUAGGGGUCCUCUUCCGUCCACAGCAUCUUUAUCCCAAAUAUAGUUGUUCAUUUGUUCAGUGGAGACUCAGUUAGCAAGCCCCAGGUCUUCUGCCAAACAUCUGGUUUUCUCAAGCAGCCUGGACUAUAUAUACCUGCUUUUGAAAUACUAAUGGAAAUAUUUGCUUGCAUAGUGUUUUCUUUUUAUAUUAAAACAAUCUAGUGAUGCAUAUUUCAGUCUGGUAUUAAUAUGUUUAUGUCUUAAAUCAGAACCAGAAGGGCCCUCUAUAAUUAUAUUGGCCUUUUAGUGUGUGCCUGAAAAACCAGUUCAGGAUUACUCACGAGAAUUCUGCACGACCAUUGCGUAACUGCAGUGCUACGUAGUGGAUUCCAACUAGACCUUCCCCCCAAAUCUCACUUACUGGUAAUCAGCUACUGGGAUUGAGAAGUAGUUGCCUGAUGGUCCUACUCCCUUCCAUGAGCAAUCUUUGGCACAACAAACAGAAAAAGGACUGUUGUCACAAAUCCCCCUUACUCUAGAGAUUGCUUGCAUGAGGGGAGUGGAAGUGUCAGGUAGCUGCUUCUUGACCAAUAGGAAUGUACCCAUGUUGAUCCCAGAAGCUGCUUACCAGUAAUUGAGGUUUGGGGGGAUUUUGUGGUCCUUACGUCGCCUCUAAACUAGAGGUUACGCAGGGCUCAUGAGUAUGUAGCAGUUACAAAUGCAUAACUGUAGGUUACAUAUUCAUAACUUCCCAGCAGGAUUCUGGCCACUAAUUUAUGUAUUAUAUUAAAACUCCAGUUUUAGAGUUCUUGUGAAUAAAUGUCAAACUAUGCUGUCCUUCUGGUGAACUUGCAUAUAGAUGUAUAUCUGUGUUCUGUUAAAGUGAUGGUAUUUUUAGAUUUCUUGUAAAAUUAUAACUAAUAAUUGAUGAUGCUACGCUGACAUAUAUAUACCCAAGGAAAGGUGCAAAGAAGCAAUUCUGAAAUUGGAAUUGCUGGACUUGCAUUGCUUAGGAGCUGGCACUGCCUAUAUAACACUUGCCCAGGUUUGUGCAGAAAUUUCCACAGAGGCACCUGUAAGCCUCUAGUGCUUUUGCCUUUAAAAAAAAAAACAGGAUAAAACUCAAUUCCCUGUGUCCAUUCUCCCUCCACUGCAGACUCCUGAACUUCCCUACAUUAAGAACAGUCUAUAUACUAUGGGUGCACUAAAAAAGCUUAUUUUUGGAAAUUCCAAAAUCAGCACUAAAAUAUUGUUAGCUUUUUUAAUAAUUAAUUUUACUGAGGAAAGCAUGGUUAUUAAAAAAAGUGGAAAAAAUUAGUAAGUAAAUAUCAAUGGAGUAUUGUUUGCUUUCUGAAUGUGUACAUUUCAUUUGUCUCUUGUAAAAUGUAUAUUUGUAUAUAAAACAUUCUUUUUUUACACAUAAUACUUCUUAAGACGUCUUGAUUUAUAUUCAAACUCUGGUUUAAAUUAUCACCAUGUUAUUUCUGAUUCAUCACCUGCAGAGUUGAGAAUUCGGAUAUGAAAAACUACUAAAGCAAAGACAGUCUAUGUAUAUGACUGUAUAUUUUAUAUAAAGAAAUGAUGGUUAGAAAAUUCAGUAGCUAGGAUCACAACUGGCUUUGUACAUUCAAGGGAACAAGCAACAACUUAUCCUCACAAUGUAAUAUGAAAUUUCACCCUUGAACUAGAGUACUGCCCAAAGCAGUUUGUUCUAGCAUAACACUCUUUUAAUGAAGAGAGAGUAUAAAAAACUUGACUGGACUUAAAUUUAACUUAAUUAGAUUUAUGGGUUCUAAUCAUGUUUAGUUAUAAAAGGUAUUCUUCAGUUCACAUUGUAAUGUGAGAAGAACUUUGACUGUUAAAACAUCUUCAGUAUUGACCAUGUGUUCUAUUAUGCAAUAAAAGGGGUGGUUUCCCUCAUGA